AUGGAGGUCAACCCGGCUCCACCUGCUUACGAGCAAGACAAGAUUGCAGAGCCUGAGCGCAAGGAUGUGGCUCAGUUUGACGAGGAAGGCCAGCUUAAGCCUGGCGAGGUUCGCGAUGCCUUUGGUAACGAGGAAUACGCUGAGAUUAAAUACAAAACCCUAAAGUGGUGGCAAUGUGGGUUGCUGAUGAUUUGCGAGUCUGUUUCACUGGGUGUGCUCUCGCUGCCCUCAGCCGUUGCGACCCUCGGCCUCGUGCCUGGUGUCAUUCUGAUUGUUGGACUCGGUCUUCUUGCAACAUACACUGGCUACAACAUUGGCCUUUUCCGCGAACGUUAUCCUCACAUUCAAAACCUCGGCGAUGCAGGUGAGAUCUUGCUGGGCAAGUUCGGCCGCGAGCUCUUCGGCCUCGGCCAAUUUCUUUUCUGUAUCUUCGUCAUGGGCAGUCACAUCCUGACCUUCCGCGUCAUGAUGAACACCCUCACCAACCACGGCACCUGCUCUAUCGUCUUCAGUGUCGUCGGCAUGGUUAUCUCUCUCGUUUUGUCCAUUCCCCGCACCAUGAAGGGCAUGACUUGGAUUUCUUUUGCAUCUUUCCUCAGUAUUUUCAGCGCUGUCAUGAUUACCAUGAUUUCCGUCGGUGUUGCAGAGCAACCUGAACACGUCAUUCAAGCCACGGUCGAGACCAACCUUUACACUGCAUUCCAGGCUGUGUCGAACAUCGUCUUCGCCUACUGCGCUCACGUCGCUUUCUUCGGUUUGAUCGCCGAGAUGGAGACCCCCCAGGACUUCAAGAAGUCCCUGUUCAUGCUCCAGGGCUUCGAGAUUUCCCUCUACUUGACCGCUGCCGUUGUUAUCUACUACUAUGUCGGAACGGACGUGCAUGCACCUGCCCUCACCUCCGCCGGACCGUUGAUGAGCAAGAUUGCCUACGGCAUUGCCAUCCCCACCAUCGUCGGCGCCGGUGUUGUCAACGGCCACAUCGGCCUGAAGUACAUCUACUUCCGCCUGUGUGCCAAAUCUGACCUGCUGCACCAGCGCAACAAGCGUUCCAUCGGUCUUUGGCUCGGUCUCGGUGUCGCCUGCUGGGUCGUCGCGUGGAUUAUCUCCGAGGCCAUCCCCGUCUUCAGCGACCUGAAUGGUCUGAUCAGUGCUCUUUUCGCUUCCUGGUUCAGCUACGGUCUCUCCGGUAUUUACUGGCUGCACCUCAACCACGGCCAGUGGUUCGCUUCUCCUCGCAAGAUUUGCAUGACUAUCCUCAACAUUGGUAUUGCUUGCUUCGGUCUGGUCCUGUGUGUCCUUGGACUGUAUGCUUCUGGCACCGCCAUCCACAAGGAUGCCAAUAGCAACAGCUUCACCUGUGCCAAUACCGAUACUUGA